CGGCCACGGCAGGGCUCAAAGGCGGCGGCCGUAGCGUCCCGGCCGCCCGCUCCGCCUCCGGCCCUCCCUCUCCGGCGCCCGCACCUCCUCCCAUACCUGAGCGGGGAGCGGCGCCGCGCCGCCUCCUCCCCCGCCCGCAACUCCUGCCCGGCCACAGCUGCGCCGCCACCGCGGGAGUAAAGGUCGCGCUGGCUGAGGGCGAGCCGGCCGCGGCGCCUCCAGGAAGCCGGCGGGGCAGGUCGAGGGGAAAGAGACAGGGAAACUCUCGGCCGGCCUGGGAAGAUGGCGCCAGGCGGGCCGGCCGUGAAUUGAGAGCCGGCGGGCGGAGAGGAGUCGGGACCUGCCGCCCAGCGGGGCACGAGCGAGGGCCACACGCCAGGCGCGGUGCCCGGGCUCGGGCCGGCCCGCGGGGUCAUGUCGGUCAGUGAGCUCUACGGCCAGUACACGAGGGUCUGGAUCCCUGACCCUGAUGAAGUGUGGCGCUCAGCCGAGUUAACCAAGGACUACAAGGAGGGAGACGCGAGCCUCCAGCUCAGACUGGAAGAUGAAACGAUUCGGGAAUACCCUAUUGAUGUCCAAAGCAACCAGCUGCCCUUUUUGCGGAAUCCAGAUAUCUUGGUGGGAGAAAAUGACCUAACUGCCCUUAGCUAUCUACAUGAGCCUGCAGUUUUGCAUAAUUUAAAGGUCCGUUUCCUGGAGUCGAACCACAUCUACACUUACUGUGGUAUCGUGCUUGUUGCCAUUAAUCCUUAUGAACAGUUGCCAAUCUAUGGUCAAGAUGUCAUCUAUGCCUACAGUGGCCAAAACAUGGGGGACAUGGACCCCCACAUCUUUGCUGUGGCAGAAGAAGCCUACAAGCAGAUGGCCAGAGAUGAGAAGAACCAGUCCAUCAUAGUCAGCGGGGAGUCUGGAGCCGGCAAGACUGUGUCAGCCAAGUAUGCCAUGCGCUAUUUUGCCACGGUUGGUGGCUCAGCCAGUGACACCAACAUUGAAGAGAAGGUCCUGGCAUCCAGUCCCAUCAUGGAGGCCAUUGGAAAUGCUAAAACCACUCGCAAUGACAACAGCAGCCGUUUUGGGAAGUACAUUCAGAUUGGCUUUGAUAAAAGGUACCACAUCAUUGGGGCCAACAUGAGGACCUACCUGUUGGAGAAGUCCAGAGUGGUCUUUCAGGCAGAUGAUGAGCGGAAUUACCACAUCUUUUACCAGCUCUGUGCUGCCGCCAGUCUCCCGGAAUUUAAGGAGCUUGCACUGACAUGCGCGGAGGACUUCUUCUAUACCUCACAGGGAAGAGACACGUGUAUCGAGGGUGUCGAUGAUGCCGAGGACUUUGAGAAGACGCGGCAAGCCUUCACACUCCUCGGAGUGAGAGAGUCCCAUCAGAUAAGCAUUUUUAAGAUAAUUGCUUCUAUCCUGCACCUUGGAAAUGUGGAGAUUCAGGCUGAGCGUGAUGGUGAUUCCUGUAGUAUAUCACCUCAGGAUGAACACUUGAACAGCUUCUGCCGACUGCUAGGGGUGGAGCACAGUCAGAUGGAGCACUGGCUAUGCCAUCGAAAGCUGGUCACCACCUCAGAGACCUACGUCAAGACUAUGUCCCUGCAGCAGGUGGUCAAUGCCCGCAACGCCCUAGCCAAGCACAUCUAUGCCCAGCUGUUCGGCUGGAUUGUGGAGCACAUCAACAAGGCCCUGCACACGCCUCUCAAGCAACACUCCUUCAUUGGCGUCCUGGACAUCUAUGGGUUUGAGACAUUUGAGGUGAACAGCUUUGAACAGUUCUGUAUCAACUAUGCGAAUGAGAAGCUACAGCAGCAGUUCAACUCGCACGUGUUCAAACUAGAGCAAGAAGAAUACAUGAAGGAGCAGAUACCUUGGACCUUGAUUGAUUUUUACGAUAACCAACCUUGUAUUGACCUCAUAGAAGCUAAACUGGGCAUCUUGGACCUGUUGGAUGAAGAGUGUAAGGUCCCUAAAGGAACUGACCAGAACUGGGCACAGAAGCUCUAUGACCGGCACUCUGGCAGCCAGCACUUCCAGAAACCCCGCAUGUCCAACACAGCCUUCAUUGUGGUCCACUUUGCUGAUAAGGUGGAGUACCUUUCAGAUGGUUUUCUGGAGAAAAACAGAGACACGGUGUAUGAAGAGCAGAUCAACAUCCUGAAGGCCAGCAAGUUCCCACUAGUGGCUGAUUUGUUUCAUGAUGACAAAGACUCUGUUCCUGCCACCACUGCAUCUGGGAAGGGCUCAUCCUCAAAGAUCAACAUUCGCUCUGCCAGACCCCCUCUGAAAGUUUCCAACAAGGAACACAAGAAAACCGUGGGCCACCAGUUCCGUACCUCCCUGCAUCUGCUCAUGGAGACCCUGAAUGCCACGACCCCACACUACGUGCGCUGCAUCAAGCCAAAUGACGAGAAGCUCCCCUUCCACUUUGACCCAAAGAGAGCAGUGCAGCAGCUCAGAGCGUGUGGGGUGUUGGAGACCAUCCGAAUCAGUGCAGCCGGCUACCCAUCCAGGUGGGCCUACCACGACUUCUUCAACCGGUAUCGGGUGCUGGUCAAGAAGAGAGAGCUCGCCAACACAGACAAAAAGGCCAUCUGCAGAUCUGUCCUGGAAAGCCUCAUCAAGGAUCCCGACAAGUUCCAGUUUGGCCGCACCAAGAUCUUUUUCCGGGCAGGCCAGGUGGCUUACCUGGAGAAGCUUCGGGCUGACAAGUUCCGGGCAGCCACGAUCAUGAUCCAGAAAACUGUCCGGGGCUGGCUGCAGAAGGUGAAAUACCGCAGGCUGAAGGCCACUACCUUAACUCUGCAGCGGUAUUGCCGAGGGCUCCUGGCCCGCAGGCUGGCCGAGCAUCUGCGGAGGACGCGAGCAGCCAUCAUGCUCCAGAAGCAGUACCGCAUGCGGAGGGCCCGCCUGGCCUACCAGAGGGUCCACAGGGCCACCGUCACCAUCCAGGCCUUCACUCGGGGCAUGUUCGUGCGGAGAAUGUACCAGCAGGUCCUCAUGGAGCACAAGGCCACCAUCCUCCAGAAGCACGUGCGGGGUUGGGUGGCACGUAGGCGCUUUCAGCGGCUGCGGGGCGCGGCCAUCGUCAUCCAGUGUGCCUUCCGCAUGCUUAAGGCCAAGCAGGAGCUGAAGGCCCUCAAGAUCGAGGCCCGCUCAGCAGAGCACCUGAAACGUCUCAACGUGGGCAUGGAGAACAAGGUGGUCCAGCUGCAGCGGAAGAUUGAUGACCAGAACAAAGAGUUCAAGACUCUGUCGGAGCAGUUGUCGGCGGUCACCUCCACACACACCAUGGAGGUAGAGAAGUUGAAGAAGGAGCUGGCCCGCUACCAGCAGAGCCAAGGUGAGGACGGCAGCCUGAGGCUGCAGGAGGAGGUGGAGAGCCUGCGGGCGGAGCUGCAGAGGGCCCACUCGGAGCGCAAGAUCCUGGAGGACGCCCACACCAAGGAGAAGGACGAGCUGAGAAAGCGUGUUGCAGACCUGGAGGAAGAAAAUGCUCUCUUAAAAGAUGAGAAAGAACAGCUUAACAACCAAAUCCUGUGCCAAGUGAAAGACGAAUCUGCCCAAAACUCUGCCAAGGAAAAUCUGAUGAAGAGGGAGCUGGAGGAGGAGCGGUCCCGGUACCAGAACCUCGUGAAGGAAUAUUCACGGUUGGAGCAGAGAUACGACAACCUUCGGGAUGAGAUGACCAUCAUCAAGCAAACCCCAGGGCACAGGCGGAACCCAUCAAACCAGAGCAGUUUAGAAUCUGACUCUAAUUACCCCUCCAUCUCCACAUCUGAGGUCGGAGACACAGAGGAUGCCCUCCAACAGGUGGAGGACAUCGGCCUGGAAAAGGCAGCCAUGGACAUGACCGUCUUCCUGAAACUGCAGAAGAGAGUGCGCGAGCUGGAGCAGGAGAGGAAGAAACUGCAGGUGCAGCUGGAGAAGAGGGAGCAGCAGGACAGCCGGAAGGUCCAGGUGGAACAAGCAAAGAAUGACCUGGAUUUGGACCAGGAUGCAGAUCUAGCCUACAACAGUCUGAAGAGGCAAGAGCUAGAGUCAGAGAACAAGAAGCUGAAGAAUGACCUGAACGAGCUGAGGAAAGCCGUGGCUGACCAAGCCACACAGAACAACUCCAGCCACAGCUCCCCUGACAGCUACAGCCUGCUGCUGAACCAGCUCAAGCUGGCCAACGAGGAGCUUGAGGUUCGCAAGGAGGAGGUGCUCAUCCUAAGGACGCAGAUUGUCAGCGCUGACCAGCGCCGACUCGCCGGCAAGAGCACGGAGCCGAACAUUAAUGCCAGAACAAGUUGGCCUAACAGUGAGAAGCAUGUAGAUCAGGAAGAUGCCAUCGAGGCCUAUCAUGGGGUCUGCCAGACAAACAGGUUGCUGGAGGCCCAGCUGCAGGCCCAGAGCCGCGAGCAUGAGGAGGAGGUGGAGGGGCUCCGGGCCCAGGUGGAAGCCCUGAAGGAGGAACUGGACAAGCAGCAGCAGACCUUCUGCCAGACGCUGCUGCUCUCCCCAGAGGCCCAGGUGGAAUUUGGCGUCCAGCAGGAGAUAUCCCGGCUCACCAAUGAGAACCUGGACCUUAAAGAACUGGUAGAAAAGCUGGAAAAGAAUGAGCGGAAGCUCAAGAAGCAGCUGAAGAUUUACAUGAAGAAAGUCCAGGACCUAGAAGCUGCCCAGGCGCUGGCCCAGAGUGAGAGGAGACGCCAUGAACUCAACAGGCAGGUCACUGUCCAGCGGAAGGAGAAGGACUUCCAGGGCAUGCUGGAGUACCAUAAGGAAGACGAGGCCCUUCUCAUUCGGAACCUGGUGACAGACCUGAAACCGCAGGCGCUGGCGGGCACUGUGCCCUGUCUUCCUGCCUACAUUCUCUACAUGUGCAUCAGACAUGCAGAUUACGUCAACGACGACCUCAAGGUGCACUCCUUGCUGACCUCCACCAUCAACGGCAUUAAGAAAGUCCUGAAGAAGCACAAUGAUGACUUCGAGAUGACAUCAUUCUGGUUAUCCAAUACCUGCCGCCUCCUUCAUUGUUUGAAGCAGUAUAGUGGGGAUGAGGGCUUCAUGACUCAGAAUACUGCCAAGCAGAAUGAGCACUGUCUUAAGAACUUUGACCUCACUGAAUACCGCCAGGUGCUGAGUGACCUUUCCAUUCAAAUCUACCAGCAACUCAUAAAAAUUGCCGAGGGUGUGUUGCAGCCUAUGAUAGUUUCUGCCAUGUUGGAAAAUGAGAGCAUUCAGGGUCUAUCCGGUGUGAAGCCAACAGGCUACCGCAAGCGCUCCUCCAGCAUGGUGGACGGGGACAACUCCUACUGCCUGGAAGCCGUCAUCCGCCAGAUGAAUUCCUUUCACACAGUCAUGUGUGACCAGGGCCUGGACCCGGAGAUCAUCCUGCAGGUGUUCAAGCAGCUCUUCUACAUGAUCAACGCUGUGACUCUCAACAACCUGCUCCUGCGGAAGGACGUCUGCUCUUGGAGCACAGGCAUGCAGCUCAGGUACAAUAUAAGUCAACUUGAAGAGUGGCUUCGGGGAAGAAACCUUCACCAGAGCGGAGCAGUCCAGACCAUGGAACCUCUGAUCCAAGCAGCCCAGCUCCUACAGUUAAAGAAGAAAACCCCUGAGGACGCAGAGGCCAUCUGCUCGCUGUGCACCUCCCUCAGCACCCAGCAGAUUGUCAAAAUUUUAAACCUUUAUACUCCCCUGAAUGAAUUUGAAGAACGGGUAACCGUGGCCUUUAUACGAACAAUCCAGGCACAACUACAAGAGCGGAAUGACCCUCAGCAACUGCUGUUAGACUUCAAGCACAUGUUUCCGGUGUUGUUUCCAUUUAACCCAUCCUCUCUGACCAUGGACUCCAUCCACAUCCCAGCAUAUCUCAAUCUGGAGUUCCUCAAUGAGGUCUGACAAGGCACCUUCCCACCUUUGGCUCCAUCUCCAAUGAGAGCAAGAAGGAAAUCUAUACUGUAAAGUGAAUUCAAGGAUCUAUUAAAUCUUUAAAAGUGGAUCACAUCAGAGACUGAGAACCUGCACAGAGUGCUGAACUAUACGAAAUAAGACACAUCUGUCAUUAUUUUUUGUACCUACUACUCAGAAUAAAACACUUGAGAUAUGGACAGUUUUUUUAAGUAUAUGAUUUCAGUCUAAAUGAGUUCAUAUUAUAAUAAUCUACAGCCACCAAGCAGUCCCCAUGGCCAUAUAAAAGGUGCCAAUCUGUAAAAUGGAAACUGCCUAGUUUUGAUCUUUCCAUAUAACUGGAGAAUGCCCAAAGUAAAAGAAUAUUAAAAAUAUGUAAAUCACAUAAAUUGCCUUCAGAGGACUUUUAACAAAUAACGGUACUAAUAACCCUGAUACUGUUGCAUACUGGAUAACAUUUUUCCAGGUCAACAAACCACAGGUGCAGAUGAGUUUGUGGGGAGAUGUUCUGAGAACAAAAAUACAGGGGCCUUGUGAGAAGUUUUUCAAAAAUAUUUUGAAUGCCUGGUGAUGCAGAGACGGUGGUGUAACUGACAUCCCAAUGAAACAUUCCGAGUACUGGGAAAGUGAAAUUAUAAGACUCAGUCCCUAAUGUGCUUAAACCCUUUUUGCAUAGUCUUGGGUUUAUGAAGGAAUAAUGCUAAAAAUGCUGUGGUCCCAAGGGGGCACCUGGGUGGCUCAUUUGGUUGAGCAUCCAACUUCUGCUCAGGUUAUGAUCUCGCAGUUUGUGAGUUCGAGCCCUGCAUCAGGCCCUGUGCUGACAGCUCAGAGCCUGGAGCCUGCUUCAGAUUCUGUGUCUCCCUCUUUGCCCCUCCCCUACUCACACACUUUCAAAAAUGAAUAAAUGUUAAAAAAAAAUUUUUUUUCAAAUGCUAUGGUCCCAAACUUAAAAUGUGAGCAAGAUGGAAAGAUAUUCUUUGCUUCUAAUGCUAGUCCAAUGAAAAUGUGCAUAAGCUAAAUAUUAGAAAAGAAAACCAAGUUUUAUUUACAGAUUAAAAACCAAACAAGUUCAUAUGAAAGCCUGCAAUGCCCUUAAUGCCAUAAAACUUCCAAUAAGAGCAUCAUAUAAUUCACUGUAAUUCCAGAUGAUCAAAAUAGUAAAGGAAAAAAACUUCAUCUUGAAAACUGGAUUAUUUGAAAAAACCUUUUUACAAAAACCUUUUUAAAAUCAGGGAUUAUUAUUACCCAAGUUCUUUGGGUUUGUGUAUGUGUGUGUGUUCUUUUUAAAGAGUGAGAAUAACCUAUGUCCCCUUUUCAGGUUAUUUUCAAUAUUUUUUUUUUUUAAAUUAACACAUAAACAUCGGAAAUAUCUCUGCUUUGAAAAAAAGGAUUAAAGAAUAUUCAGUGAAAUAGUACAGAUUUUGUUUGUUGCUUUUAUCGGUUUUUCCCUUGUCUCUUCAAAGGAGGCAUUGGUUAGAAAACCCUGCAUAGUUCUCCACGCCCACUUUUUUAAAUUUUUUUCCAUAUUUCUAGUAGAUUAACAGUAUGCUGUUCCCAUGACCAAACACCAUCUGUUCUGCAAAACCAAGGAGAGCCUAUUACGCUGAGAAGAUAAGACUUCUCCGUGAACCGCAGGUAGAACAUCUCCCCCCCCCCCCCCCACACACACACCCUGUUACUCAGCCAGGCAACUAGGAAGGCUGCCAGAAACAUCACACACUCCAAGCCCUGAAGGGUCCUGCAUACUGUGCCCUUUCGCCUCCACUUUCUCUGCCAUUCUUGCGGCUGCUGGGGUAGGACAAGGCCCAGCACCUGGGCGAAGACUCUUGACCAUCCUGUCCAAAUCCGUGUCUCCAGCGUGACCCCUCCGCAGUAAACAUGCUGGCUCCUCUUGGCUAUCUGCAGAGCCGUGCCUGACCCUCGGCCCAGUACACUUAAGUUCAUCUGACACCCACAACAGACUUUGGAAGGCCAGUCUAAACCUACUAGGUCUGUGGCUACCUCUUUUAAAGUUGUUUAUUAAGUAUAAUUUGCCUGUUGCUGCACUUUAGUUUAAAAUGGAGUCUCUCAUGUAAGGACUGUCCUUAAUCUUCAAGGUAGCCCCAAGUGGCUUUGUUUAGAGUGUGUUAAGGAGUUUGAAGGGCAGGGAUUCCAUAAAAGCAAUGGUUUACUGUCCUUACAUUCUGUCGUACAUCCUCCUCCUCUCUAUCCCUGUGGGUCACUACCUCUGCUGUCACUGGGUAAUCACUAGGUGCCAAGGACUCAUUGAAUAAAAGCUUGGCAAUUAAAUGCAGGGCGGGAGCGGGGGUGGGGCAUUAUGAAUAGUCCUCUACUUAGUCCAAGAAAUGGCAGAUUAAGUUCUUUUCCAGAAGAGAGAGAGCUUUCACUGGAGCUAUGUUUAAUUUAUGUAUGCUUUAAAAACAAAUGGUCUUUUAUAGAGCACUGAAUAAAGAAACACAGUGAUUGGUUAAUGUUUCGAUCGGCCCUAUUUAACACUUGGAGACUGGAAGGAGCAUCGUCAGAGAAACUUGAAUCGCUUAUUAGCAUUUUUAUUUUUCGCAUUUUUAAAGUUAAACAUUAUCCACCUUCAUGAAAUCAAUGACUUAAUGUAACUUAAUUCAACAUCAAGGUUUGAACUGUGCACUAGAUAGCUGUCUUUAUUUUUUACUGUUUAAAAUUUAGUCGACACCCCUCUCACCAUGUGCCUUCGGCAGUUACUAAGAUAACUGAGUCGCCAAUUAUUUCUCUGGAAUAAGUGUUGCCGUGGGAAGAAUGUUAACAUUCGACACCAUGGUGGACUUUUGAUUGGUCUCUUGAAACAGCAUUUUAAAGAUUACCCAAGAAUCAAAUAUUUAUAGGCAGUUUGUGUUUUAGGUAUAAGAGGGAGCCUCUCUGCUUACUGUGCGUAGUAAUGUGCGUGAUGUACCUAUUAAUAAUCAGAGCUGAUAACAGAUCUCCUCCGUGUGUUCUCCCUGGAUCGUCAUAGCUGCGGUGAGGUGUACGGUACCUGGAGAGCAGAGUAGACCCAAAGGAAAAUACUGUUCUUCCCCUUUCAGUAGGACUUUCUUCCCUUGAUUGUCCUAUACCAUGAAAUUUUCAGGCUUUUAUAAAAACAAAACCGAACCAGGAACUUGGAACCCUUAGAAAAAAAUUAAUACUGCUGCCACCAAUACACCACUAUUUAGAGUUUUCAUGCAUUAAGAUUAUAGUGAAUAAACUAGAAUCCCUUUCUUUUGCAUCUAUGUAAUUGUUUUCAUACGUUUGACCUAAUUCUAGACAGCAAGGGAUACCCUGAAUUGAAGCACUUCUAUCCUGCCUAUGGGACUAAAGGGUUACUACAGUGUGACAGCAUGGGGCGGGACCCCAUAGUUUAUCCUCAUAGAAUAUUUCUCUGCAGUCAAUUUCUCAGUUAAUUUGCUGCAUGAGCCAAAUAGCCAAAAUUCCUUUUUUUGUAUAUGUUGGUGCCAUAAUUAGAGAAUUAGGGAGUGUAGAAAAAUUAGAGGUUAAUGCCAAUGACAAAUAUAGAACUGGGUUUUUUUCUUAUAAAGGUCAUUAGAUACUAAAGAUUGGUUUUCCUAAAGACAUUUCUAAUUCUAAUAAAGGCAAUCAGAAGUGAAUUUAAGCUACUUUCUAAAACGAUACUGUAUCAGAAUAACCCAGAUUUGGAUAUAACAUUUUGCCAGCAACUGAUGUUUAGAUGAAAGACUGCUUCUCUGUAAAGGGUUCACCUCCAAUCCCGGGGUGAAUCUAACAUUGUAAGAGGAAAUACUACUGAUAAAAAUAUUUUUUCAUUUUGAAAAAUCUGUAAACUACACCUUUGUUUAUAGAAAGAUGCUUGUAUUAGUCACUGUAAUAUUCAGCUGUGGAUAAAAAUUUGUGGAAAUAAAUACUUUUGAAUAAAGUGGUGUGCCACAUCUAAAUGAACUUUAAAACUCUGCGGGUAUCUAUUGGCUGAAAAGUUUAUUUUUAAUGCCUGCUUGAGAAACUUCAUUCCAGGGCCCCCUACGUCCAAACAUGCACCAUGAUCAUUUAAACACGGGGUUGGCAAGCUUCAGCCCACGCGUUGGAUGUGGGGGAAAACUUUCCCUGGAAAAUAGACUUAUUGAGCAAUUACUUUAAAGCUACAGAAUUCAAACAAGGUAGUUUGGUGUAGGAAGACCAGUAGAUCCAUGGUACAGGGCACAGAGCCCAGAGAGUGACUCAGUCCUUUGUAUAACUUUGCACAUGGCAUUAAAAAAUAGUGGGAAAAUAUCUAUAAGAUCUGUGUGGAGGAG